AUGUUUCGAAUUUGUAAAAUAAUUAAAAAUCCUUAUUUUAAUUAUAUACCAAGAGAAGCAGUUCAAACUGUUAAAUAUUAUGAUAAAAAAGAUGGUUUAAAAGUUUCAUAUAAAAGUAAAAGAUCAAAUUCAACACCAAUUUCAAAAUCAAUUAGAAAUGAAAUUGGUGAUAUAUCACAAGGUAUUAAACAAAGAGAAAUUAUUGAAAAAUCGAUAUCAACUUUUAAAAGUGAAGAUAAAAUUGAGAUUGGUGAUAUAACUCAAGAUGGUAUUGAGGAAAGAAAUUUAAUUUUUGAGACAUCAUCAUCAUCAUCAUUAAAGCCAUUAUCAGAGUUAGAUAUUCCAAUUAAAAAAAGACUAAAAACCAAUUCAUCAGAACCAUUUUCAAUAUUAUCAUAUAAAGCAGAGAUUCUACAUCCAAAACCAUAUACAGACCCAAUUAAAUUCAUAAGAGAUGAUUAUAUUAAUAAGGAACUUAAAAUGAUAGAUGUUGGCCUAUACCCAAUUCAAGAGAUACCAGUGAAUCAAGCGAUUCAAGAAGAAACCGAUUCAAUUAAAAAGUUAACAAAAACCAAUGGAAUUGAAUAUGGUAUUAAAAAAUUUCAUUCAACUUUAAUUGAUGAAUCAUCACCAGAUGUAAAUAUACAUGUAUUUUCAUAUUUACUUUCAACCAUUUUACAAAAUAGAUUAUUAAAAUUGGGUAAAAGUUUCUUUAAAUAUUAUGUAAAUGAAUAUUAUAAACAAUAUUUACAUUCACAACAUUUCUUAACUCAUUUACGUUUAAUUCAUGUUAACGAUGUGAAUUCAAUUACAACUUUGAAUGAAAUUUAUCAAUUCCUAUUGGAAUCAAAUUUAGUUGAUUAUAAAGUUACACUCAUAUUCACAACAUUUUAUUUAGAAAUUAAUAAUGAACAAUUAGCAAUUGAAUUAUUUAAUAAUAGUUUUAAAAAAUUAGAUUUCAAUGAAAAAGUGGUAAAAGAAGCAACAAAAUUUGAAGAGAGGGAUAUAGGUUAUUCAUGGAACUAUAAUUUAAAUGAUAGAAUAACUCAUUUAAAUAUACCAAUUGUUAAAUAUGAUAAAAAUUCUGAAGAAAGUUCAAUGAUGAUAACUUCAAUAAAUAAAUUAUUUUUAGCAUCAAAUAGAAAUUUACAAUUUUAUAAAAUGUUAAGUCAAUUCUUUUUAGAGAAUGGUAUUAUCACAUCGACUACAUUGGUUCAGUCGUUGAUUGGAUUUUCAAAUUUAGCAAUUUCAUCCAACCGUUUCGAUAUUUUAAAUGAGGUUUAUCAACCAUAUAAAGAUAGAUUAUGCAAAACCACCUCACAAGUGAUGGCCAUGGUUUACUAUUUCGCCGAUAGUAGAUCAUUAUUCCAAUUAAAAGAUUACAUUUAUUCUCAAUUCAUUUUUAAUAAUAAAAUUAUAACAUGGAAAUUUAGAGAGGAUUUAUUAAACUAUUGGAUAGUUUGUUAUUUAGAAGUCGAUGAUUACGGCCAAGCAUUAAGAGCAUCCGAUAUUAAAGAUCACAUACAAUCAACUAUAAUACCAUCGAAAAACGAUAACACUGUUGAAAGAGUAGAUUAUGAUGGUGGUUUAUAUCAACCAUUUAUAGAAUUUCAUCAAUACUAUUCAGAGAGAAUCAUUGAUAAUUUCAUUAGAGAUUUUAAUAUAAAUGCUUUAAACUUUUGGAAAUUGAAAAGACAUCAUUUCAUAAAAGCUAAAGGUGACAUAUUUAAAAAGAAUAAUAUUAAACAUCCUUCUUCAACUCAUUCUAGAAAUGUUCCAAAACCUUCACAAUUUAAAUACUCCCCAUUAGGCAUUAAACAAUUCACUAGAAAUACUGAUAAUUUAAUGUACAUCAUAAAAGAUAAAUAUACAUUAUAUAAAGAUCCAACUUGUCAUAUAAAUAGAAAAUAUAAAAUUGAAUUAUCAAAAUUAUUAUCAAUGAUUUAUAAUAAUUUAAAUUAUAAUGGUUUGAAUAAUUUCGAUAUAAAUAAAAAUAAUAAUAAUGAUAAUGAAUUAAUAAAUUUAAGUGAAAAUGAAAAAUUAGAAAAUUUUAAAGAAUUUUUUAAAGAAUUAGGAGAACAACCAAGUGAAUUAAUAGGUGAAAAGAAAUUAACAAGUUCAUUUUAUUAUAGAGUACCACAUUCAACUAGAUUUAUAGCAUUAAUUCAACAUUUUAGAACAAUGUUUUUAACAACUAAAAAAAAUCAAUUAAAUUACGAUCAUGGUAAACUUGAAGAUUAUUUUAAAUUAAUUGCACCAUUCACUGGUAAAUUAAAAGAAUUAUUAACAGUUCCAAACGAUUGGUAUCUGUAUUUAUAUUCAAAUCCAACUGUACAAUCUUUAAAUUUAAUGACAGAAUGUUUAUCACCUUCAGUUUAUAAAUCUGCUGAUUUCUAUAACCUUUGGUUACAUAAAAUUUCAGAAUUAAAAAAACCAAAUUAUAUUGAAUUAACUUUAAAAUUAAUUAAAUUCAUGCUUGAUAAUUCAAUACCAAUUUAUAAAAAACCAUUAAUACUUUUUACAUCUUUUUUAUUUAACUCAAAUCAACCAAUAGAAUUUUUAAAUAAUAAUAAUAAUAAUAAUAAUAAUAAUAAUAAUAAUAAUAAUAAUAAUAAUAAUAAUAAUAUAAUUGAAAAUUCAAAUUAUUUAGAACAAUCACCAAUUUUAAAAUUAUUAAAUGAUAUUGAAAGUUUAAAUUGUUGGUUAGAAUAUGAUAUUUUAAAAAUUUUGAAAUUAAAACUUACAAUUUUCCCAAAUAAUGAUUUUUUAAAUAAUAAAAAUUGUUUAGAUAAAGAUUUAUUAAUUAAAGCUUAUAAGGAAGCUUCAAAACUCGUUGUAAAAACACCAGAAUUAAUAGAAUUAAAAGUUCAAUUGAUUAGUAGAAUUUAUCCAAUACCACCAAUUUCCAAUUUUCAAUAUUGGUUAGACGUUGGUAAAAAUUUAGAAGGUGAAUUAAAGGAUAUUUGGGUUCUUUCAGUUUGUCAAAACUUAUCACGUCAAGGUCAAUUUGAUCAAUUAACUAAAUUUUUAGAUUCCAAUAAACAGUAUAUCGCCUCUCUACCAAUUCCAUUGAUAAGUGAUCUCUUUAAACCUUUACCACCAAUUAAACAAGCCACCUAUUUGUCAAAUCAUAUUAAAAUGUUUACUUUUUAUAAACCAAUCUUUGUAGAUUAUGUAAAACAUUUGAAAAUAAAACUAUUAACUUCUGUUGAAGAUGGUGGUUGUGGUGUUACUCCCUCAGAUUAUUUACAACAUUUCUCAAAUUUAGAUUUAAUAAUUUCAAAAGAACGUACUGUCCCAAUAAAUGAAAAUAUAGAUUUCGAUGGAUUUAUAUCUGUAUUCUCUAAAAUUUAUUUAAAUAAAUAA